CGAUUAUUCUAUAUCGGAAGUUUAUUUCUCAUCUCUAAAAGUAAUAGCAAAAAAGUUAAGCUCUCGUUUACACAACAAUUUAAAUUGAUCAAUUAGGAGUUAAUUGCGAUAUUUUAAUUAGUUUAUUGAAAUUGUAAUUAACCCAAAACAGAGAUGGAAAACAGUAGCGGUAAGAGACGACGCAAUAGAUGGGAAGAAGGCGGUGAAAAGGCAUUACUGCAAAUAUGGGAGGAGAAGGUGGACAAACUUCGCGCCUUCAAGAAGAACCACCAUGUCUUAAUAGAGAUGGUUGCAGAGAUGGAAUUAAUGGACUACUAUUACAAUAUGAGGGAUAUAAAGACGAAAAUGCAAAAUAUGGUCGCCCGCUACCGAAAGGAAAGAAAACUAGUAAAAUCUGGAAUGCCUUCAGUUUGGGACUACUAUGAAGAGAUGCACGCUAUAAUGACUCGCUAUGAAAGUAACAACAGUGAAAUACUGGCAAAUUGCAGAUCAUUUAGUGCUGAUACAAAAGACAGCGCCGAAAAUUCAGAAAAAAAAUGGAAAAUAAAAGAUGCGAUGUCGCGAAAGAGUGCAACAAGUUCGCAAAGUGGUUCCGACUCCCAGAGCAAUAAUACCGAUAUCGAAACACAAAGUGAAGGCGACCAUAAGGAUGAUAACCAGACUAUUGAUAAUGACCAGACAGUAAAUUUGGAUGAGAACAUCUCGUUUUUUUCAGUCCCUGAAAAAUCAAAAAACGAUAAAAAUCCACUGCUUGUAAGAAGUUCUCUAAAGAAAUACAAGCGAUCAAUACCGUCUGUGGAAUGGGAUAAAAGUGAUGACAUCGAUUUAUUUUUCUUUAGUAUGUCUAAAACUGUUAAGAAGCUACCGUAUUGCGAACAAGUGCAGCUCAAGAAGGAAAUCAGCUGUUUAGUUUUUCAGGCAGAACUUAAAAGCAUCCCAGCAUAAAAAAUGAAUAAUAACAGUCAAUAGGAUGUGAUUGUCCUGGCAUACUCGUAUUAAUAACAUUUCAUACAAAGAACAUUUGACAUAAAUACAUACAUACAUAUGGAUGUAUUGAAGAUACUUUCCUUUCCUGUUUGUAAGAUAGCGGACAUUAAUUUCAAUCAUAUAAAACAAAAAAAUCCAUAUAUGCAAUUGAAACUUU